UGCUCGACUGUGCGGUGUUGGAUUGAGCAUGUCUGGCUUCAUCAUCGUGUGCAGCACAAUCACAACACGGUGCAGAGAUGGCAGCGCUGUCAUCACCUCUACGAGUCUGUCGAGGAAUACUCAAAGAAUUACGUGCCAUCCAGGGACCAAGUUAUAAACAGUCAUUGGCCUACAACUAUGUUAUGGAUCAGUUUCGUAAAAAUCAGUUAACAGGAGAAAGGUACUGCCGUGCCCAGCAGGAGGCGCUCCAUGCCUCACACACAUAUCUGUGUUUGCUGUCUUCUACCAGGAACCACCUGGCACUGCACAACCUUUACCAUGGCAAGGGAGAACGCAGCCCAGAAGAAGUGGCUGGCCUCGUGGGGCUCAGGUUGCCCACUCAGCCUGGAGGCAAAGGCUGGGAGAAGUGAGGACAUGGUAGGGGGCAACAUUAGAAGAAAAUCUUCAAACUCUUCAGAAAUGACUUGUCUGUGGCUGAUACAUCAGGCCUCAUACAAUUCGCUUCAUGUAAAGUAAACUCCGAAGGGAAUUGAAUUUGUCUGGAGUCUGGCAGGCUGGAGAUUGUGCCAUCAUGGACUGCGUUAAGAACUCAUCUUAUUUCUGUUGCUUUGUUCUACCAAUGUUAAAUGGGAGAAAAUGGAAUCAUCUUAUCAAUGUGUUUGAAGCAACUGUGAAAAAAAAAUCUUUGGAGGAAAAAAAAAGAGUUGUUGAGCUGUAAAUAUACUGUACCCUACAACUCAUCCACACCUGCUUUUGUUUGUUUUGGCAUUUUUCCUAAAUGUUCAAAAGCAAUAACAACCUUUCAAAAGGACUGUAAGUACAUUUUCAUUUUCAUUGAUUUGUCCUAUUAAAGUACAAAUAAUUGUU